CUUCCGACACCACUUUAUAUACAUAUAUACAUAUAUAUGCAGCAGCCAAGGGAAACAGCGGCAGCGCUGCCGCCCAACUGCGCCAGCUGCCUCUGCCCGCUGCUGGCCAACGGCAGCAACAAGAAAAGGCACAACGAUGAACCCACACCCAUUGUGAUGGCAUUGGGUCAACAAUGGCACUGCGAUUGCUUUCGCUGCUCCGUUUGUGACUCCCAUCUGCACAGUUGGUACUUUGAGCGCGAGAAUCUGCUGUAUUGCCGUGAGGAUUACUAUGCGCGCUUUGGCGACGCUUGUCAGCAGUGCACAGCGGUCAUAACGGGCCCGGUGAUGGUUGCCGGCGAGCAUAAGUUUCAUCCGGAGUGUUUCUGCUGCGCCGCCUGUGGCGCGUUUAUUGGCGAAGGUGAAUCCUACGCGCUGGUCGAACGCUCCAAAUUGUACUGCGGUCAGUGCUAUGGCAAACGUUUGCCGCUGGACGCGCGUGCGCGUGCGCGUAUCACAAAUGCCGGCAAGCCGAUGCACUCCAUACGUUUGGUGGAAAUACCCAAGGACGCAACGCCGGGACUGCGUGUCGAUGGGGGUGCCCUUGAUGAUGGUUGUCCCACGGUGCGGAUAACCGACUUAAUUUGUAAAUUUUAUGGUCGCAUUGGCUCCUUCGCCUUCUCAUUGCUAACCACUGUGGCGGAUCGUUGUUGUUUUAGUUAUAGAAUUGAUGUAAAUCUAACGCAGCUACAAAUUGGCGAUCGCAUCUUGGAGGUGAAUGGCACGCCCGUGAGCAAUUCCUCGGUGGAGCAAAUCGAUAAACUGAUACGCAGCAAUGAGAAAAUGUUGCAGCUGACUGUGGAGCACGAUCCGGUGCAGGUAUGCCGCAGUUGCAGUCAAGCCGACAUACAACGCGCCUGCUCCGCUUCCACCUUGGUGCUGCCCCUCAGCACAUCCGCCUCCAGCGUAGAAGUGGGCAGACAGCACCAGCAGCAGCAGCAGCAGCCGAAGUCAACAGCAGCGCCAGCGUCAGUGACGCCGGCAACGGUGGUGACGCCCAUACUGAAGGAAAAGGAACGCUGCAGCAGCCUGUCCAAGCUGCUGGAUGAACAGCAUGCAGCAACGCAUCCGCAGCUCUACGAUCUGGCGCGCACCCAGAGCUGUCGUGUGGUACAAAAGCCGCAGCGCAUCUUUCGUGCCAGCGACCUGGUGAUGGGCGAAAAGCUGGGCGAAGGCUUCUUCGGCAAAGUGUACAAGGUAACGCAUCGGCUGACGGGCGAGCUAAUGGUGCUCAAGGAGCUGCAUCGCGCCGAUGAGGAGGCGCAACGAAAUUUCAUUAAGGAGGUGGCUGUGCUGCGUCUGCUGGAUCAUCGUCAUGUGCUCAAAUUCAUAGGCGUGCUCUAUAAGGAUAAGAAGCUGCAUAUGGUGACCGAAUAUGUGGCCGGCGGUUGCCUCAAGGAGCUGAUACACAAUCCGCGUCAAAGUCUCAGCUGGCGCCAGCGCUUGUGCCUGGCCAGGGACAUUGCCUGCGGCAUGAGCUAUUUGCAUUCCAUGAAUAUAAUACAUCGCGAUCUCAAUUCGAUGAACUGUUUGCUGCGCGAGGAUCGUUCGGUCAUUGUGGCGGACUUUGGUCUGGCGCGCAGCGUCGAUGCGCCGCGUCUUCCAGGCACCAGUGCUGGUGCCGGUGCCGGUGCCAUGGACAGUUUAUCGCCGGCGGGCAGCUUGCGGCGCAGCAAGAGUCGGCAGCGCCGUCAGCGUUACACAGUUGUGGGCAAUCCCUAUUGGAUGGCGCCGGAAAUGAUGCGCGGUCUCAAAUAUGAUGAAAAGGUCGAUGUCUUCUCGUUUGGCAUUAUGCUGUGCGAGAUUAUUGGACGCGUCGAAGCCGAUCCGGACUAUAUGCCGCGCAACUCGGACUUUAGUCUGAAUGAGCAGGAGUUUCGUGAAAAAUAUUGCUCCACAUGUCCGGAGCCGUUUCUGAAGCUCGCCUUUGUCUGCUGCGAACUCAAUCCGGAUCUGCGUCCCUGCUUUGAGGUGCUCUACUGCUGGCUGGAGCAGCUGCAGCAGCACUUGGAAGCGCCGCCAGCAAAGCUGCUGCAUGAAAUCGACAACUUUCAGGACAGUUAUGCCAGCUCCGAGGAUGCGCUGUCGCCCACAACGCAACGCAGUCUGGAUAAUCUGACGCUGAUGGCAACGCCAGCGGCUACGCCGGCAGCGUCGCCGGCGCAGGAGGAAAAGGAAAACAUGGCAGCGCCGGAAGAGCAGCAGCAGCAGCUGCUGCAGGACAUACCCAAGUCACCACAUCUGGGCAAGGACUUUUCGCCCAGUGGCGAACGCUUGCGCGACAGCAUGCGCGCGCGUCGCCGCCAGCGUCUUGGGCGUGGCUUGAGCAGCGACAAUGCGUCGACGGAGCGUGCGCUGAAGCAGGCGCUAAAGAAAUGCCGACCCUUUGGCGAGAAGGGCUAUCUGGUGGAUUUGCGUCCAGGCGCUGAGCUGCAGCUGCAGGAUGUGCGUGAUCUCAACAGCUACUCGGAUGUCGACUCCAGCUGCGAUACCAGUCUCAAUUAUCAUGAAGUGAACGCAACGCCCACACCAGAUGCAACGCCAACGCCGCCGCCGCCAGCGCCAGCACCACCAGAGGCCGAAGCCGAAGCCGCCUGCAGCUCAACGCAUCGCGAGGCCUUUGAUCAUAUGCGUGAGCGUUUGCAGCAAUGCCGCAGCAAGUUUGAGCAUCUGCAGCAGGCGAAUCAGCGCAACUUUAAUGCAUCGCAGCAUUCCAUGCGCAGCUUCUUCAAAACACCGCCAGUGGCACUCAAAAUGUUUCAGCGUCUGGAGCAUGAAGCGGCGCUGCGCAUAAAUCAAACGCCCAUUUUUGAGCGACGACAGCUGCCAGCCACGCCCAUUAAGCAUGCCGAGUCGCUGGAGCAUCUAAACAAAGCAGCAGCGCCAGCUAAACGCAGCAAAGCGCUGCAGCCAUUAACAACAGCAGCGCCAACAACAGUUGCGCCUGCAGCAGCAGCAGUAACAACAACAGCAACAACAGCAACAGUUGCUGCUGCUGCGCCCGCUGCUGAUUAUUUGCCCAAGAAGCAUAAGCUAACAUUGCCGCUGCCCAGCGCUAGCCAGCAGCAACGCCAAUACAACAGCAGCAGCAAAACAAAAGCACAGAAAGCAGCAAUGGUUGCUGCCAACAGCAACAACAGCUGCGUUUCGCCCACGCGUCAGCGUCCAAGUUCGCCCAGCAAGCAUUUGGCGCAACGUCAUACGGCAGCAACUGCGCAGCGACAGCAUGUGAAUGCGCCAGCAGCAGCUGCGCGCAGCACACGCCUCAACAUCCUCAGUCCGGAGAAAGUGCAUCGGCUAAGCGCGCGGCUAAGCGAUCAAAAGCAAAAGCUGCGCGACGAUGCGGCCGCAGCGCUGAGCGCCAGCAGCAAUGGACAUGCGCGCAACGGAGGCGUCGCUGUCAGCUCCACGCCUGGCAAUGCAGCAACGGAGCGUCGUAGUAAUCGUCGAGCAGCGCCGCCGCCGCCGCCGCCAGUGCGCACGCAUUUUAAUACGCGCUGCUAGUAACUGUUAUAACUGUUAUACGUAGUGAGCAGUGUAACUUAAAUACCUGUACUGCUGUAAUGCGCAGUUAAAAUUCAUAUAACUGUCAUAUAACAUAUUAUAACUGUUAUACCGCCAUAGAUAUUAACAAGUGAACACUGCAUUCCUAAACAAAUGUUAUAAGCAACACACAUUCCAUAUAUAAAUCUCGUCUUGCAGCGAAUAUAUUCCAUUUUACGAACAAUUAACGAAGUCGAAACGAAGCGAGAUAGAAUUUAACGAAGCUUGCCCCGAAAUUAUUUCAACUACACACAGCUUUAAAAUCAAGUUGUAUUAAACAAAAAAACAAACAUAUACCUUAAACACAGUGCAAUCGUAUAACAGUUAUUAUACCAAACUGUUAUACAGCUGCUUGCUAAACAUGAAUCGCUCUAUAAACAUAUUUAAUUGUAUAAUUUUUUUAAUUGGUUUGUAAAUAUUUUCAAAUUGUAAACUAAAGCAAGCUAAAGUGCCUGUAAAAAAUAUUAAAAGCAAACAAAAAAAAACAAAAAGUUGUUAAACAAAGUUGCAAUAUUUACAUAACAAGCUGAACAAAGCAAUUUGAACUAAAAAUUUAGCAAUUAAGUUAACUCAAAAACAAUUUAAACAAAACUGAAAGUUUAUAUAGCUAGUAGAAAAACGAAUGUAAACCUUGUGCCAUGUCCCAUGCCCAAGCAGAAGCAGUGAGAACGAGAGACAAACAACUGUGCAAAGGGUAAAGGGGAAUUAAAACAAAUGCGAAGCGAAGCGAA